UUUUUAGACACGUAUUUUUCUUUUAUUUUUUCUCAAUUUUUUUUUGAAAUGUCGUUAAUGCUACUCUUUACUUUGUUUUUUGUUGUUUAUUUACUACUUUUUUGAAAUGAUAUUACUGACACUUUCUUUUCUUUUUCUUUACUUUUUUUAUGAACUAUUAUUUCAUUAUUAUUACUAGUUUUUUUUCCUUUUCUUCCUUUUCUUGAUGCUUUGCUUUAUUUUUGUGGUCUCCUUUCAUGCUAUUUUGUUUUUUCAUGGGGUAUUUGUUUCAUUUUCGUAGUGUAUUUUGGUGUAUUUAACUUAUUUUUGUGGUGUAUUUAUCUCUGUAUUUGCUUAUUUUUGUGGUGUAUUUGUGUUCUAUUUAACUCAUUUUCGUGAUGUAUUUGUUAUGUAUUUAACUUAUUUUUGUGGUGUAUUUAUCUCAUUUUUAUGGUGUAUUUGUGGUAUAUUUAUCUCUGUAUUUACUUAUUUUUGUGGUGUAUUUGUGGCCUAUUUGACUUAUUUUAUGGUGUAUUUGUGUUGUGGUGUAUUUGUGGUGUAUUUGUGGUACUUUUGUGGUGUAUUUGUGGUUACUUUUGUGGUGUAUUUGUGGUACUUUUUGUGGUGUAUUUGUGGUACUUUUGUGGUACUUUUUGUGGUGUAUUUGUGGUAUUUUUGUGGUAUUUUUGUGGUAUAUUGUAUUUGUGGUAUUUUUGUGAUGUAUUUAUCUCUGUAUUUGCUUAUUUGUGGUGUAUUUGUGGUCUAUUUGACUCAUUUUUGUGAUGUAUUUGUGGUACUUAUUUAUCCACUUUUGUAUUAUAUAUAUUUAAAAAUUAAUAAAAUUUUUAUUUUUGAAUUUUUCUAACUAUUAUUGGGAUGGUUAUCACUAGUGCUUCGAUCUGAAUGGGAUUUUAAUGGAUCAAUCCGAGUUGGAUAUUAGUUUGGCCAAAAUUAAUAAAAUUUGUAGAAGAAUAAUUUUUUUAAAUCUGACAAAAAUUAUAG